ACGGUCUACAGAAUCUGAACCGACUAGCCUCUCUCACUGAAUGCGAAAGAUUUCUCCAUCACAGCGCACGUGUACGUGAGCUAACGGUUGAAGAUCUACCAAGUCGACUCUGCGUACAAGGCCCAGCGAUUAUCAAUCCGCAAUGUUUCCAUAUGCUGCUCGCUCCGUUAGAAGGCACGGUUGUCUUCCCGAACCUUCGCAGCCUCAUGCACGAGUUGUCUAUGGAUGACAGCGCACGCCUCUCUCUUAUUCUGUCGGCAUCUUUGCGCAAUAUCACCUUCUCUGGGGGACUGGAGGUAAACCUUUUUGCCGAUGACGGCAUACGCAUGGUCUGCAAAAGCGUGCGUUGGCUCGAACGCUUGACCGUGCGGUCCAAAAUAACGAGCUUAGAGGGGAUAAUGGAAUUGUCUGCCUUACCGUGUCUGCAGAGCCUCGACAUUCGCUUUGACGUCAUAACCGACUGCCGUAAGGCUCUGUCACGUACAACCGAGACGUUAUUCUUUCCAUCUCUCCAUGCCCUCUGCCUUGGUGUCUCAGCCUACGAAAUUAGAGAUGUCGAUGCAACCACCUUACCCCCGAUCCGGAACGCUAUCGCCCUCCUGAGGGCGAUGAAGACUGCGGGGACUCCUCUCAGGGAGUUAUCCGUGGAAUUGAUAGGCUCACCGACACAACAAACUCUGCAUUCCAUAUGCUCAUCCAUAGCUGCCUUCACUCCUCUUCUCACAGCUUGCGCCUUCCACCUCCACCACCUCCAUCCCUAUCCCUCUAUGGAAGUGCCUGCCAAUGCCACGGAUAUCCACUCCAUUAGUCCCCUCCUCCAAAUCCCUUGCAUGCACACAUUCGACACCUACAUGACGUACUUUGUGCCAAGCAACCCGGACCUCGACCUCAUGACGAAGGCUUGGCCUCACUUAACCGAGCUGACAUUAGGGGAUCAGAGCUGGGAGUCAUCGUCGAACCUCACCGUCGAUCACCUUGCCGCCAUCGCCGCCGGUUGUCCAACGCUCAAGCGGCUCGGGGUCAACGUUUCUGACCCCCCUGGCUCAAACGCGCUUUGCGUCGUGUCCCAGCAUACGUCUUUAUCGGCGCUGGACCUAGGUUGGUCUAACAUCACUCGGAACUUCGAAGCAGUCGCUAUUUUUGUGGGACGCCUCUUCCCGAAGGCGACUGUGAGCUUUUACAGUCGCAACUUAGAUGGCACGAAAAUCUGGAAAAAGACAUUGCGGGCCACGCAGAACGCAGAGAGAGAGCUUCUAGGGGUCGUCUCUCAGAUGAAGUCCUCCAGUCUGUCGUAAUUCUGUAGGCGACUUCGCUCCGGGCGUACUAGCCCGAUGUGAAAUAUAAGAUAACUUAUCUUGCUUGUCUCCUCGCG